AUGUGGACUUUCCCAAUCCAGGCUUCCCUGGACUACUUUGAAUUUUUUGCUGGCGUGGGGAACAUCACCACACAGGCACGGGCCUGUGGCUACAAGGCAUUGCGCUUUGAUAUCCUGGACAACAACAAGCCCCAUGAUAGGAAAUCCAACUUUAUGGACUUGAAUAGCAGCUCAGGAUUUGCGCUAGCAGUGACUUGCUUGCUUCGAGCUCGUGUCCGUGACUUCUCGGCCCACUUCGCAAUCAAAUGUUCAUCAUUGUGUACCACGAAUCAAGGAACAUCAAAGAGAUCACCAGCUUCUAGCACUGGCUUUACGGAUUACCCAUCAGUGUCUACAAGCAACAAACUUCUGGAGAGGGUUUGCUGCCUCAUCUACUUGACGACCGCCUUGGGAGGCGCAUGGACGGUGGAACAGCCGGAUGGAUCCGUGUUGGAAUUCUACCCGACUUGGAGGACUUUGAUGAUGAACAUUUUUGCCAUUGGUGGCCAACUUGCUGUAAGCAAAGUCAAAUGGUAUAUGCAACACUACUCUGGGCCUACACCUAAGAGACACUAUGGCUUCGCCAACACGCCUGCCAUCUUGAAGUUAAACAGAGGACGGCUACUCAGGAAUCAGCAGAAAGUGAACUCACAGCAUACCAAGAUCAAGACAGCUGAUGUCUACUAUGAUAAAAAGGGUGUCAAGCGAUGGAAAGGAAAUACCAACUUGCGGAAAAGUGAGAUAUAUCCUAUGCCCUUUGCCCGGUGCCUCGUCGAUUUGCUACCGGAGAUGAAGUCAACGUGUGUGGGAACUCCUUUGCUGCCAGCAGAGGUGCCGGAGGCAGUGAAGAGCUUCAGCAGUUGGCCAGAGGUUCCACGUGAUGAAUGGCAAUUCGUGGAUUUUGGGGAAACCUUCCAGUACUUACGGGGAAACCGUAAUCUCAAGAUCCCUUCGCAUUGGAGGGGAAUCAUUCCUGAUCGCCUCGGGUAA